CAUUUCCCCUUCCAUAAGUGGUGAAACGCAAAUAGUGAUGGCGUUUGAAGAGGUGUGAGUUGUUAAAUCAAAAGCAAUAAAACCCUUCCUUCAGAUUUGACUCUCCGGCGCUGUCCUCGUCCGCAUUGAACAGGCGAUUCUCAUUCCUACAGUUCUUGAAGUAGCACCGGUAUUGUAUGGCUUCCUUCAGAGCAUUUUGGAACAGUCCAAUGGGUCCCAAAACUACACACUUUUGGGGACCUGUUGCCAACUGGGGAUUUGUGGCAGCUGGAUUGGCUGACAUGAAGAAACCUCCAGAAAUGAUCUCUGGCAACAUGACAGGAGCAAUGUGUAUCUAUUCAGCAUUGUUCAUGAGAUUUGCAUGGAUGGUACAGCCACGCAAUUAUCUACUUUUUGUUUGUCAUGCUUCAAAUGAAACUGUUCAACUUUAUCAAUUCUCUCGAUGGGCAAGGGCAGAGGGGAAUCUGUCUGAUAAGAAGGAGGAAACUUCAUCUCAGUAACAUGAUGAUAACACUUUCCUCGGUGUAGUGAUUUAAAAGAUUUUGCAUUUGAACUUGUCGACGUUUGAAUAAGUGAUCAGUGGUGGUAAGAAGGGCCUUGUGGAAACUGCUAAGGAUUCUGGCCUAGUUCAGCGGAAGUCUAAAUUAUUUGAAGGCGUAUGGGUGGGUUUUAUACGUCUUACAUAUUGACUGACCCAUGAAUGUUUAAUCUUAAAGCAUAAACAAAGAUUUGUCUAUUUCCGAAAUUCAUUUCAAUUACAAACUACUAACUUGAAGUUGAGUGUUGAAGAUUGUGCUGUGA